GAGUUCAUUCUGCACCAGGCAGAGAGGAGCUAAGGCAGGAUGAAGAAGUUAUUUGUGCUUUUGCUCUUUCUCCCCUUACUGGCUUUCUUAGGGGCCUCCCCGAUUCUGCCUGAAAAGCAGGCCAAACAGCUCCUGAGAUCCCGGCGCCAGGACCGGCCAAGCAAACCAGGGUUUCCGGACGAGCCCAUGCGGGAGUACAUGCAUCACCUGCUCCGCCUGGAGCAGCGAGCCGAGGAGCAGUUCCUGGAGCACUGGCUGAACCCCCACUGCAAGCCCCACUGCAACAGGGACGUGGUCCAUCCGGUGUAAGGGGCUGGCGCCCAGCCUCAGACGUUUUGAGAAGCGAUGGCCAGGAAAAUGUCGGAACAAGAUGAGGCUGCGUCUCUGGUUUGUCUUUCACCCGCGGGAAUGGGCGUCUCCAGACCCUGUGAGCGGGGGUCUGAUGGCAGGUGCUUCUGCUGCUUCCUUUUCCUUGUCUUCAUAGCCCGUCACAACCAGUAGCUUGAAAUACAGACACCAGGCUCCAAUGGCCAUCUGCCAGUUUGAGAGGUGACAGGAGAAUCGAACCUGGGCCCAUCGAGUGGAACCUGCCGGACAGGGGUGGGGCCCGGCUGCCUGCUCGAGGGCUUUGGGGAAGUCUGGUGUGGCAUAGAGAAGCUGCCUGUGGGGCUACAGUUAGUGGGCCAGUUAUUCCCCGCCCCCCCCUUUUUUCCUGCUCUAAUAAACAUCACUGUCAA